AAUAGUUUAUGAAAUGGGGAUUUGGUGAACGCAUAGCCUUACGCACUCUUUCAGAUUGCACGCAAUUUUAAAAUAUGUCUAAUUCUAUAGAUUUCCGCUCACAGAUCUCCGCAGUAAUGGAGGUUUUAGCAAAUGCAGCAGUGGUGGAAAUUUGUAAAGUUGUUAAUGAAGGCUAUGCUGUUUUUCGACUGGAGAUGACCAGAAGCAGGAGAGAAAACGAAUCAUUGAAGAGAAAAUUAAAAUCAAUAGAGCUUCUCUUAUCUCAAGAUACAGACAACGGGACAGAAGGAACAACCGCCACUAUUAAUCAAGAGCAGACCGAAGAACAAACUCAUUUAGCAGUUGGAACUAGUGAGACACCUUCUGGAGGAAAGGGAAUCACUGCCUUCCAUGAUGAUUUGGGCUCUGCACAGUCUUGCAUGCCUGCAGUCAGUUCACCAACACACUCACAUGUUCCAGUAAUAAAAGAAGAGAUGGUUGAGCAAAAUAUAAGAAGUCAAACGCAAGAAGAUGAACAUUAUAGAAAUGACUAUACGUCAAAGGCCAGCAAAGGUGAAAGACCCUCAGCUUCCCAAAUAAUAUCUGAUUACCCUCAUGAUCUCAUGGCCACAGGUAGACAUCAAAGUGCUGACCUGGAGGCCCCUGUUUUGGCUGCUAAUGAGAGGACCCUGUGUCAAAAUGACAGUCAAUAUAGUCCAGAGAUUGAAGUGCCUCCUAUUUCCAGCCAAAGUAGAAUCAUGUCAUCUGCAGAGGAGAAUAGUUCCCAGUCUCCUCACCCAGACCUUGAGCUGAUAUCCAGUACAGGCCAGACAAGUUCUUAUAACAGCACAUCAUCUCUGAAUUUCGUUGGAUGGAGGCCUGAAGUACCCACUGACUCAAGUUCGUUGAAAAUGGAGGCAGAUGACUGUGCAUGGAAGGAGGGAAGCUCUUUUGAGUCACACACUAAAGGGUAUAAAGCUGGCAUGAUGGGAGUAGGAGACAACAGCGACCUGAAUCCCCUCAAUUUCAAGACUGGAGUAGAUACUCAAAUGAGGCAUGACUGUGUAGGGCUAGAUUUCAGUGCAUUACCUGAUGUCAAUGAAAUGUUCAAUGCAAGGGCAACCAAGAUCCACCCAACAAUGAUGAGAAGAGAACUGCAGUCAUUGCCAGGCUACGAGGAGAGUUUUGUUGACUUUGGUACGGCCUCUCAGCUCAGGCUGGGAGAUGGUUCCAGUUCUCCUGACCAUGCUGGGCCCCCACAACCUGGUCAGGCAGGGAGAUUGUUUGGCUGCAAUUUCUGUGGUAAACAGUUUCCACAUCUCCAUCAGCUGAAGACACACAGAAGAGUUCACACGGGAGAAAAGCCUUACAGCUGCCCUCAGUGUGGCAAACGCUUCUCCCAGUCGAGCCACAUUAAAAGACACAUGACAGUUCAUACCGGGGAGAGGCCAUUUGGCUGUGCGUUGUGUGGAAAGAGGUUCUCACAGUCUUGCAGCCUAAAGGUUCAUCAGAGGGUGCACACCAACGUCAGACCAUUUAGUUGCACUCAGUGCGGGAAAAGUUUCUCAGUUCUUAGUAAUCUUGUAAGACACCAGACUGUACACAUAAGCAUGAAGACUAAUCCUGGGACAUUAAAUAUCUGACAUUGUUUAAGUAGUUGAAUGGAUGAACUUUAGGAUGGUAUUCAGUGUGUUGGAAUGAUGGGUGAUUUUAUUUUAAAUGCAUGUUAAUGUUCGAGUGCUAUACUGUAAUUGUUGUGUUUUCAUCUCCUUGAGGAGAUUAGUCAUAACAAAGCGAAAGAAAAAGUAAAUAACACUGCUAGAUAUUUGCUAUCAAAUAACAUGUAUUGGCAAGAACCUGGCAAGAUGAUACACAUCAUUGUAAUUCAAUAUAUUAUGAUUAUGAUUUCGGGAUUAGGAUUCAAUAUAAAUUAUAGCUAUGCUGUAAACAAGGCAAUAUGUUGUAAUUUUCUAAAUCUUUUUGUCAGCUUUGUUUGUUUGUAUGUUACUUCCACUCUCAAUUUACAGUGUUGUGUUGAAGUGGAAGGGUUAAAUGGCUGCUGAAGACAACCACUAUUUGAGGUCAGAAGUUUAAACAAGUAAACGUGUGACCGCGCACAUCCCUUUUCACCGUUUUGGAUGGGUGCUGGAUCAGAGAAAUGACUCCAAAAGUAGAAGAGAGUGAUCCACACACCAUAUCGCUCUCUUGAAAGGUUUUUAUUUUGCGUUUCAAGCCCCUGGCUCUUCCUCAGGCUACCUUCCUGUGCGGAUCACUCUUACUUCAGGAGUUUAAACACAACACAGCAUGAACCACGAUCUGCCUUAAAAACAUUUGCAUGUAAACUAUUUCAAAACAAUAUUUUUACGUUACAAUAUGGUGAACUCAUGAACAAAUAUGUUAACCAGCUCCCAAUGAAUCUUUGCAUUUAACUGUUACAUGGUUUUUCUUUACUUUAUUGACAAUUGUGCAUGUGGUGUAUUCUUGUGUAAAAACACUUUUGUUUUUACAUUUUUGUAUACUUUGUCCUGCACCUGGCCUAAAUAUAGAUGGGAUGUGCACACAACCACUCUGACUUCUUGUCUGGGUGCCCACCUAAGGGCGACUAGCCAGAAUACUGAAUCAUCUCCUUGUAUGACAAUUGAUCUGUGGCCUGAUGAAUAUUUAAACUCUUUACAAUUACAUUGUAGCCCUCUCCAGCUUUAUUAAGCUCAGCAUUUUUGUUGUUGUUGCAGGUCUUCUGAUAAAUUUUACUUGCCAGGCAUGGAUCACAUCAGAAUAUGCUUCUCAAUUGUUUUUUAAUCAGUUAAAGUAGCUCUAAACCACAUGUUCAAACUUGUGUCAUUAUUUGAACUACAUAUUUGUUAACUUCAAACUCAAAUUAGCUUUUGUUGAAGGCAUUAGACUUGAAGUUCAUUUACUUUUUAUGAAGGUUUGAAUGUUUCCAUAUGGACAGGAACAAUGUAGUCAUUUGUGUGUUAUCAGUGAAAAUAAAAUAUGUUUGUUCAUUAUUGUAA